UUGCGGUAGCGCCGCCAAAGGCUGGCUGGAGCUGCCGACGGCUUCCGCUUUCUUUUCCGUGCCGGAGCGAGCGGCACCGGAUCCAACGGCCGACCCGGCUACUGUGUAGGCUGCCCUGGCUUGUGGGGGAAAAGAUCAUCGCCGGCGUUGCUGACCUGAGUCUCAAAGAGAUACAACUAUGGGUGGGAUUUGGGCCCUUUUUGGGAGCGAUGGGUGCCUCUCUGUUCAGUGUCUAUCUGCCAUGAAAAUAGCCCACCGAGGCCCAGAUGCAUUUCGUUUUGAGAAUGUUAAUGGAUUCACCAACUGCUGCUUUGGCUUCCACCGGUUGGCAAUUGUUGAUCAGCUAUAUGGAAUGCAGCCUAUAAGGGUGAAGAAAUUUCCAUAUUUGUGGCUGUGCUACAAUGGAGAAAUAUAUAAUUAUAAGCAGCUGCAGAAACAUUUUGGAUUUGAUUACCAGACCUUAGUAGAUGGCGAGGUAAUCCUUCACCUUUAUGACAAAGGGGGAAUUGAGCAAACAGCCUCCAUGCUUGAUGGUGUAUUUGCAUUCGUUUUGCUUGACACUGCAAACAGGAAAGUGUUUCUGGGAAGAGAUACAUACGGAGUCAGACCCAUCUUCCGGGUCUUGACUGAUGAUGGAUUCCUGGGCGUUUGCUCUGAGGCAAAAGGUCUUACCAGUUUGAAGCACAAUAUGUCUUUUGCGCCCAAAGUGGAACCUUUCCCUCCAGGACAUUACGAAGUGUUGGAUUUAAAGCCAAGCGGCAAAGUUGCAUCCGUGGAAAUGGUGAAAUUUCACAGCCCCAAAGAUGUGCCUCUGCAUGCUGCCUACAGUUUAGUACAAAAUCUACCCUCAGGUUUUGAUCUUGAAAUUGUGAAAAGCAACAUCCGGAUUUUGUUUGAAAAUGCUGUUCGGAAACGUUUGAUGGCUCACAGAAGAAUUGGCUGUCUCUUGUCAGGUGGUUUGGAUUCUAGCUUGGUUGCGGCGAUGCUUAUCAAACUGAUGAGGGAACAAAACAUUACCUACCCGUUGCAGACCUUUGCUAUUGGAAUGGAAGAUGCUCCUGACUUGCUGGCUGCUAGAAAGGUAGCGGCUCAUAUUGGGAGUGAACAUCAUGAAGUCAUUUUCAAUUCUGAAGAAGGGAUUCAGGCACUAGACGAUGUUAUAUUUUCCUUGGAAACAUACGAUAUCACCACUGUGCGAGCCUCAGUGGGUAUGUAUCUGGUCUCACGGUAUAUCAGGAAAAAAACCGACAGUGCAGUCAUUUUCUCAGGAGAAGGUUCAGACGAGCUGACACAAGGGUAUAUCUAUUUUCAUAAGGCACCUACUGCUGAAGAAGCUGCAGAAGAAAGUGAGAGGCUCCUAAGAGAACUCUAUCUGUUUGAUGUUCUCCGUGCUGACAGGACAACAGCUGCUCAUGGUCUUGAAUUAAGAGUUCCAUUUUUAGAUCACCAGUUUACUGCAUAUUACUUGUCUUUGCCACCAGAACUUAGAGUACCAAAGAAUGGCAUUGAAAAACAUCUCUUAAGAGAGGCCUUCGAAGAUACUAACUUAUUGCCUAAAGAAAUACUCUGGAGACCCAAAGAAGCCUUCAGUGAUGGCUUAACCUCUGUCAAGAAAUCAUGGUUCUCAAUAUUGCAAGAUUAUAUUGAUAUUCAGGUUGAUGACACUCUGUUGGAGAAGGCACCAAAUAAGUUUCCCUUUAACCCACCAAAAACAAAAGAAGGGUACUAUUACCGCCAGAUAUUUGAGAAGCACUAUCCUGGACAUUCUGAUUGGCUCCCACACUAUUGGAUGCCAAGAUGGAUCAAGGCCACUGAUCCAUCUGCUCGCACAUUACAACAUUACAAGUCAGCUACAAAAGAAUAGAUGCUUUUAUUGGAAGCUAGGUACGAAGGGCUUGCUAACUUGGAAUUCUUUCCAGCUGAAAUUGAAAAGCAACAACAUAAAGCCUCAGUAAAGAUAAAAAUAAAAAAGUAGCAUUUUAAAAAAUAAAUGUUUAUUUUAAUCCCUUUCA